UAUACAACCACGAAAAAAUCCCGAUCAUUCCUGAUCACAUUUCACAGCGUCACAGACAGUGACACAAAAUUACACACAGUCACAUACGCCAAAGAGACGAAGAGAUGCAAUUGGAGAUGCUUAACUCUUUAGCCAUGGCGUGGAACCCGACGGAGGUUUACCGGUUAAGCUCCGAAAUCGAUUUCGGUACUUUUUGGUGGUGGUUUUACGCCGGGUUAUGUAUCGUCUUCGUUCUAUUUGCUGGUCUUAUGUCUGGUUUAACGCUUGGUUUGAUGUCUUUUAAUCUUGUUGAUUUGGAGAUUCUUGCUCGUAGUGGUACUCCUACUCAACAACAACAAGCAGCUUCUAUCCUUCCUAUUGUUAAAAAGCAGCAUCAACUUCUAGUGACAUUGCUUUUAUGCAAUGCAGCCGCCAUGGAGACACUUCCUUUAUACCUGGACAAGCUUUUUAAUCAGUAUGUAGCUAUUAUUCUAUCUGUAACUUUGGUCCUAUCUUUUGGGGAGGUUAUUCCCCAAGCUAUAUGCACGAGAUAUGGCCUUGCUGUUGGUGCAAAUUUUAUAUGGUUUGUACGCGUAUUGAUGAUUGUAACCUAUCCGAUUUCUUUCCCGAUUUCAAAGGUGUUGGACUUCUUACUAGGACAUGAUGAAGCACUGUUCAGGAGAGCUCAACUGAAAGCACUCGUCUCCAUUCAUGGCGAAGCGGCUGGACAGGGAGGUGAACUUACUCAUGAUGAGACAACAAUUAUUAAUGGUGCAUUAGAUUUGACGGAGAAGACUGCUCGGGAAGCAAUGACACCUAUUGAGUCAACUUUUUCCCUGGACGUGAGCUCAAAGUUGGAUUGGGAAACAAUGGGAAAGAUCCAAGCUCGUGGGCAUAGUCGAGUACCUGUUUAUUCUGGAAAUCCAAAAAAUUUAAUUGGAAUGCUUUUGACUAAAAGUCUUCUAACGGUACGACCUGAAACGGAGACUCCUGUAAGUGCAAUUUCCAUACGGAAUAUUCCAAGGGUUCCAGCAGACAUGCCUUUGUAUGACAUAUUGAAUGAAUUCCAGAAAGGUCAGAGUCAUAUGGCAGCUGUGGUGAAGGAAAAAGCAGAGAAUAUUCAUAAUUUGCCUAUAAUUGAAGUUGAAAAUUAUAAUGAGUCAAAUGUUACUGAUGUCAAGUCCGACUUAGCUACUCCUUUGUUGUCCAAGCAAAGUGACAACUCUGAGAGUAUUGUGGACAUUGAUGAAAUCUCUAAAGAAAGCAACAAGAAUGGGCAUAAUUCAGAACAGGAUAAUUCAUCGAACUCUUUGCUGAGUCCAGUAGAGAUUAUUGGGGAUGAAGAAGUUAUUGGCAUUAUCACCCUUGAGGAUGUAUUUGAAGAGCUUUUGCAGGAGGAGAUUGUAGAUGAAACAGAUGAAUAUAUUGAUGUUCAUAAGAGAAUACGUGUCGCUGCAAUUACAGCUGCUACCUUAGUUGCACGUGUUCCAUCAAUCCGGAGGUUGACUAGCCAAAAGGCUCUUGUUAAGGGAGGAGGCCAACAUAAGCCCGGACAAAGUGCGAAGAAGCUCACUGACGAUAUUCCAGCUUCAACAAAAUGAUUACUGAUUAGGAUGUUCUUAGUGGAGUCAGUUUGUGAGAACAGGUUAAAAAUUGGAUUUUGCAUCUUUCCUUUAUGAUUCAUAAUAGGCUAUACAUAUGAACAGAAAUAAGAGUUGUGCUGUGAUUUUUUGCAUCUUUGUGUAGAAAGUAGAAACUGUGUUGUUCACCUUUUUUGUUUGGUUAUCAAGUUGUGUAUAUACUCAUAUCAGAGUGGCAGAAUUUUUUUCGUUUUUCUACCA